AUGGGUCCCUGGACGGCCUUGCUGGUGGCGUACCUUAUCGGAGGCGUCACCUUUGUGCCGCUGCUCGUGGGCUUCGUCCUGCUGCACGCGCACUACACCCUGCCCUUUCGCCAUGACCUCGACGGCGUCCCAGACGGGCACCCGGAUAGCGUGGUGCAGGACGGCGACGACACCGCCGCACUCGACGCUCAUCGCGCCAAAGAGCGGGGUGACGGUGGCAGCGGCAGCAGCGACGACGACGGGCGGAACAGGCGGAAAAAGGACAGCGAUGCGGCGGUACACGAAAUGGACGUUGCCGCGGGCUACUUUGCCGUGUGUAGAGAAUAUACGGCCAUGGGCAUCAACGCGAAGCCGAUUGAGAGGUCGACCCCGGUCGGGACCGCCACGGUCGCGCCGCCGAGCCCCAGCGUCUACCAGACCAUGUACCGGAGCAUCUUUGACAGGAAGCCGGUGCAGGGACCGAUUGAAAAUCAUAGCAUGAGCCACCGGCCGAAAAAGGCGGGCAACGUAUUUUAUGUCGUACUCAGACAUGGCCACAUUAUGCUGUUUGACGACGAGGUGCAGCUCGAGGUCCGACACGUCAUCAGCCUCGCUCAUUACGAUAUUAGCAUAUACUCGGGCGGCGACGAGACACCCGAAGGCGAGCUGUUCAUCAAGCGUAACGCCCUGUGCCUGACGCGCCGCGACGCCCUCGCCGACGACGGCGGGCCCGUCGCUAAGCCCUUUUACCUCUUUUCUGAAAAUUGCUCCGCUAAGGAGGACUUUUACUUUGCGUUGCUCAAGAACCAGGAGCAAACCUUUCCUGGCCUCGAGGGCUGCCCGCCGCGGCCCAAGCACUUUGACAUCAAAGACAUCAUCACGCUCGUGCAGCGACUGCAUUCAUCCGAGGAGAAUAUCCACUCGCGCUGGAUUAACGCCUUGCUCGGCCGCCUCUUUCUCAGCGUGUACAGGACCAAGGACCUGGAAAACUUUAUCGCGAGCAAGAUUGCCAAGAAGAUUUCGCGCGUCAAGACGCCCUCGUACCUGACCAACAUUGCCAUUCGCAAAAUUGACACGGGCGAGGCCGCGCCCUUUUUCCAUAACCUGCGCCUCAAAGAGUUCACCGUCGACGGCGAGUGCGUCGUCGAGACGGACAUGCGCUACACCGGCCAGUUCCGCCUCGAAGUCGAGGCCACGGCCAAGAUUGACCUCGGCACGCGCAUCAAAGCGCGCGAGGUCAACCUGGUGCUCGCCCUCGUUAUGCGGCGCAUCGAGGGCCACAUGCUCUUCAAAAUCAAGCCUCCGCCCAGCAACCGCCUCUGGUUGUCGUUUCAGACCAUGCCCAAGAUGGAGCUCGCCAUUGAGCCCGUCGUCAGCAGCCGCCAGAUUACCUACACCGUCAUCCUCCGCCAGAUUGAGAACCGCAUCAAGGAGGUCUUUGCCGAGACCCUGGUCCAGCCGUUUUGGGACGACGUGCCAUUUUUCCGUACAGAGCACAAGCAGUGGCGCGGCGGCAUCUUUGAGGGCGACGACGCGGUUGAGGGCGAGGAGGAUGCCGAGGUGACGCUGCCGCCACCGGCCGUGCCGAUCCCUGAUGGAUACGUCCCUACGGAGACGGCGGUUGACGUCGCGCCAGAGGAACAGGCUGCGGUCGCCACCGAACCGCCGGCCUCGUCGCGACCGGUGGAGAAGAGCCAGGCGAUGCCGACGCUGGAGAACCAGGCGCCGGCGGCAACGGGGCUGUUUGGCCGCCGGCUUGGAACGAGUAAGCUGGGAGCGCACUCACCUGCAGCUGCGUCGGCGGUGAGCCUGGACGCCAAGGGUGCGGCGGCGACGACAUCCCGCUCACCCAACAUCAUCAGGCACAGCAGCGUGGAGCCAGUUGUCGGCACCGAGGCUGCGCAUGCCGACUGGUUCCGGCCUUCGACCUCGCCGCCCGACCAUGCCACGAGCCUCAUUGCCGCGCUGCACUCCAAGGCGCAACAGGAAGCCUCGUCUCCGCUUGUCACACCCGUCGGGUCGCCCGUUAAGUACGCGCGCGGCAAGCCGAGUGAUGCCUCGUCAGUCUCCUCCAAAGAAGACUGUGCUCUUGAUAGCGUCGCCCCCGCGAGCGAGCCGCACAACAAUAGCAACGGCACGAUAACCCCGCCCACGCGCCGCAACACAGUUUCGUCGCACGGAUCGGCAUCCCAUGAAGGCGGCAAUGGCCAGCAUUCCCCCAACGGCAGCACUUUUAGCCAGGCCGGGUCCAUCGGACGCAAGUUCUUUAUGAAGCGCGAAAACACUAACGCAUCCAUCGCCACGACCUCGACGGGUACGAGCGAUGGCGGGUCGAAGCGCAAUAACACAUUGGCAGCUGUAACGAACGUCGCCAACCAGGCCCGGCAGUGGGGCUGGAACGCCAUUCAACGACAAAAGGACGCGCGCCGCCACAGCGAGGCGGCUUCGAGCCAGGUCGACCUCUCGCAGCCCAUGGGUCGCGGGCAGCCGCUGCCGCCACCAGGCAUGCCGCUACCCGGUCCGACCAACGGCAAGACCAAGCUUGUCGCGCCGAUUGCGGUGCCUAAGCGCAAGCCCGUACCGCCGGCGUCGGUCCCCGAGCACGCGGCUGAGACCAUCGACUCGCCCGACAAGAAGCCAGAGCGGCCGCGGACCAGCCACUCGCAGAAGCACGAGGAGGACAGGGACAGGGAUACACGGCCGCCGCUGCCGCAACGACGACGGCGCGCGGCGGCAGGUCAGGCUAUCGUGGAAGAGCCAGAUGCUAGCGUGGAGAAUGUGCUCGUCAUAAGCGCCCCGGACGACUCUGAGCCGCCGACGCCCAUGGACGACGGGGAUGAUGAGUCUCUUUUUGCUCCCGCCCAGGAUGACGGCAAGAUGCUAGCAGCGGCUGACGGCAUUCCGCGGAAACCGGUGCCAGUACCCGUUACCGUUGUCAAGGACGUGGCGGAUCCAGAAGCGGACUCGACGCCCAUCGCCUACCCUGUGCCGCGAUUUAGCGCUACCGAAGCUGGUUCUACCGAGCUCCCCGCCCUGGACGAUGAGGAUCUGCCGCACGAGGAUGGCAAACCGCUCGUGGCAAUGCCGCUGUCGACGACCCCACCAGAGGCGACUGUGGACGAGGAGGACGAUGAUGGGUUCGCGGGGUGGAUGGAUGAGGAUAACGGUCCGGGGACGCCUCCACUCCAGGCAGAGGGUGCGCUGCCUCCGCCGGUGACGAGCCUCGAAAAGUAA